AUGUUUCUCUCAUCCGUCCCUUCCUGCCUCCACCCAGUCAUGUUCCGCAAGAGGGAGCGGCUGCCCUUUGACUACCUCGUGUCGCUCAAGCCGGUGGGGGAGACCGCACGUGUGUCGGUGCUGCGGCACGGGCAACCCAUGGACUUCCACAUCCGGCUCAACCCGAUCCCAGCACUGGUGCCAGCGCAGCAAUUCGACAUCUCCCCCUCCUACUUCAUAUUCGCGGGCCUAGUAUUCGUGCCCUUGACCCAGCCGUACCUGCACGAGUACGGGCCUGACUGGUUCAACAGCAGCCCGAGAAGGCUGUGCGAGCGCGCAUUGAGGGACAUCCCCUCCAAGCCCAGCCAGCAGAUCGUGAUUCUGUCGCGGGUGCUGGCAGAUGAGGUGAACUCUGGUUUUGAACGGCUGGCGGAGCUGCAGGUCAAGCGAGUCAACGGCAAGGAGGUGGACAACCUGAGGCAGCUACGCGACGAAGUGCUACAGUGCACGGACGGCUUUGUCAGAUUUGAUUUGGACGACGACCGCGUGAUUGCUGUCAGCGUCGCUGCUGCCAAGAAGGCAAGCGCUCAGAUCUUGAGGCGCUACCGCGUGCCGUGUGCUUCCUCCUGGGACUUGCAACAAGGCGACGCAGAGAAGAGCGAGGCAGCGGUUCAAGCAGGGGCGACUUGA